GCUCCGCCCUGACGCCGUGACAACAGACGCCGCUCCUCCGACGCGCUGUCCAGGUGUUCGGUGUAUGAUAUCGCAGAGCUCCCGGUGGUCCCGUUUUCUGGAGCUUUCUUUUUUUUCUUUCUUAUUUUUAUCGGUGUAUCCGUGCCUGAAAAUGGCCUAACGUGAUAUGCUUUGUCUCCGAGCUCCUCCGAGGUCGUCACUCGGACGUGUGGACGUCUUGUCCGCCCACACUGCCUCAUCUCUCGGAGCAAACCAAGCGGGAACACCGUUAAAAUGAAGCCCGACACGGGGAGGAGAAUCUGAGCCGCCGCUGCUGCUGCUGUGUGUUUAUACCUCGGUUACGCUAGCCAUCUUUUUUUGUUGUUGUUGUUGUUGUUUUAACCCCGGACAGCUCGGAGUAUAUCGGGAUUUGUGCUGCCAUGGCUGGACUCAUUAAGAAGCAGAUCCUGAAGCAUCUCUCCAGGUUUGCUAAGAACCUGUCGCCGGACAAGAUCAACCUGAGCACACUGAAGGGCGAGGGCCAGCUGACCAACCUGGAGCUGGACGAGGAGGUGCUCCAGAGCCUGCUCGACCUGCCCACAUGGCUGGCCAUCAACCGUGUGUGCUGCAACAAGGCCGCCAUCAGGAUACCAUGGACAAAGUUGAAGACUCACCCAAUCUCUUUGACCCUGGAUAAAGUGGAGAUGGAGAUGAGUACCUGUGAUGAGCCCCGUCCCCCCAAUGGCCCGUCUCCCAUAGCAACAGCAUCAGGACAGAGUGAAUAUGGCUUUGCAGAGAAGGUGGUAGAAGGGAUGUCGCUGUCCAUCAACUCCAUCGUCAUCAGGAUCAGUGCCAAGGCCUUUAACGCCUCCUUUGAGCUCUCCCAGCUGCAGGUCUACAGCGUCAACACCAGCUGGAGCAUCAGUGACCUGCGAUUCACCCGCAUCCAGGACCCUCAGAGGGGAGAGAUCCUGACGUUCAAGGAGAUCAGUUGGCAGAUGAUCCGUAUCGAGGCCGACGCCAUCCAGAGCGCCGAGCAUGAGAUGCUGAGCGCCCCCAUUCGUCUCAUCACCAACCAGUCCAAGAUCAGAGUCACACUAAAGAGACGGAUUAAGGACUGUAACGUGGUGGCCUCCAAGCUGAUUCUGAUCCUGGACGAUCUGCUCUGGGUGCUGACCGACUCCCAGCUCAAAGCCAUGGUGCAGUAUGCCAAGUCUCUCAGCGAGGCCAUGGAGAAGUCUGCACAGCAGAGGAAGAGCAUGGCCACGGAGGACCAGGUGUCGUCGGCGCCCCCCUCAGCUCAGCAGGUGCGCACCCAGCAGGCGUCCACAGCAGCCGACCAGAGCGCGACCAUGGCCAGGCUGUUCAGCGCCUACGACGUAUGCGAGACGUCCCACCACCUCCAGAUCACGCACCUCGACCUGCAUAUCUGCGAUGACAUUCACGCUAAGGACAAAGUGAUCAAUAAGAGGAUAACAGGUGGAGCCAUGCAGCUCUCCUUCAGCACCAUCACUUUGGACUAUUACCCAUUCCACAGAGCAGGUGACAGCUGUGCUCACUGGAUGCACUACAGCGAGGCCACCAAGACCAGAGAGGGCUGGGCGCGAAAUCUGCUCGACGAGUUCAAGUCUAACGUGGAGAUGCUAAAGACCGCAGUUCGAGACCAGCAAGGCCCGGCUCCUGCACACACUUCCCCACAACACGUGUCCCUUAGGGACGAUGAGUAUGGGCCGCUAGGAAGUCAGGAGAGUGCAGGAGGAGGAGAAGGAGUAGGGCUUAGGGAGGCAGAUGGAGGACUCCUAGAGUGGAGCUCACACACACAGCCUCCGGCCCAGUGCUGCUGGUGCUUAGAGCCAGGUAGGAUAAACACCUCGUCCAGCGCUUCCUUCAGUCCUCCUCCAACUCAAAGCCCCAAGACCCAGCUCAUGUCCAGCUCCGUUGUUCUCAGGAUGGCUGACUUCAGCAUCUACCAGGUGUCAACAGCAGACCAGCGUCGAUCCAGCCCUAAGGCCAUGAUCUCCUGCAAUAAGAAGUCCUUGUACCUUCCCCCCGAGAUGCCAGCCAUUCACGUGGAGUUCACGGAGUACUACUUCCCCGAUGGAAAAGACUACCCGAUUCCGUGCCCUAACCUGUACGGCCAGCUGAACGCCCUGCAGCUGGUCCUGGAUCCUCGCAGCCUGGUGUGGAUCAACCUUUUCGCCCUCGACCUCAGGCAGAGUCUGGAGCAGUUCAUGGAGAUCUACAAGCUCAGCGACUCGCAGAAACCCGACGAGCACGUUGACAUCAAGGUCGACGGCCUCAUGCUCAAGGUGGUGAUUCCCACCGAUCGUGAUGCCUCCUGCCCCGCCGAUCUGCCUCGCUCCAUCUCGGUGCAGACUUCAGAAAUGGUGGCCACCAACACCCGGCACCCGGCUAACUGCACCCGUUCCCACCUUGAGGCUCUGCUGCAGGCCUUUGAAGAGCAGCCCUUCUUCUCCUCCACUUUCGCCUCAUUCCCUCGCUCCUCCUCCUCCUUGCCCCUCCUCCAUCCCGUCUUCCAGCGCCAUGCUCACGAACAAGACACCAGGCUCCACGACAUCUACCGGGGCCUGGUGGUGCCGACGAUGGGCACAGACGCCCUCAAGAUGCCGGCCGCCACUGACUUUUGGACGAUGCACUUUGCCCAGUUCUGGGUGGACUACGAAGGCACCCGUGGUGGCAAAGGGCGGCCGCAGCCAUUCGUGGACUCCUUCCCUCUCACCGUGUGGGCGUGUCAGCCCGCGAAGAUUGUCCAGCACCAGGAGAGGCUCAGAUGUGCUGCUGGAUCGGGUUUGACCAGGAGCACAUCUGGAGAGGCUGUGGCACGUCUGCAGAGGAAACGAUUACUAAAGGAGUAUUACAGCACUGAGAACAGCAACGACGCAUCACCGCCACCCAGUAACGGACUCCACAAACCACUUUCAUUGGACAGUCUGCCUUCCUCCUCCUCCUCCUCUUUGUCAUUGAGUAAAGAUGCAGAUGUGCAUGUAUUGGUGCACAUACAGAAGCAUUUAAGUGCUCAGGUGAGCCACCGGCAGUACGUGUUCCUGAUGCUUCUCCAGCGCAGCAUCAAAGCGCUGCAGCAGACACUACAGCAGGACCUGGAGGAGAUGGGAUCCAAGAAAGACCGCAAGGAUCCUUGUCAACACUCCGCAGACGACCACCAGCCUUUCACCGUCUGCCUGGGCCUCCUGCUGAAGAGCGCAGAGGUGUCGCUGCUCCUGAAGCCGGUCCCCCAGCCGGAGGGUUCGAGAUCUCCUCUGGGGUCCGAGCUCUCGCCAUCAGAGAGCAGAGGAACUCUGGAGCCCGGGAGCGAUGCGGAGAAGGGGAGUGAAGGAGGCGGAUCGGGGUCGGAAGGAGGAGCAGCCAAAGGGGCAUGCACUGUAGACCAGCUGUUAUGUGGCGAAGGCUCGGAGGUGGGAACCACACAUGGUCCUGCCCCUCUUGUCCCCACGUCUUCUUCAACCCACUUGAAUCACAAAACCUCACAGGAGGAGAGGACUUCAGCUAAGAACUCUGGGAAGUGGAGUUCAGAUGAAGGGGGUGAGCCGGUAGUGGACGGGUUGGCUGGGGUUGAAGAAAUGGGAGCUGGACUAGACUCUAAAGCCCAGAUGAGUGACCCGCUGUCUGACCCGCUCGGCAGCAAAGGCUGGAGCGACAAAGACCCGACUGCAGCCAAAAUGCCUCAGUCGAUAUCCAGUGGUCGCCUGAUGCGGGACCGCUCCCAGUCCAGUUUCUCAGUGUCCUAUAAGAACAUGAAGAAGAGCCCGUCCCUGCAGUCACUGGACAACAUCUCCAUAGACAGCUACCUGAUGGAGGACGGAGACGCGUACAGUCUGCUGGAGAGAGAUGACGUGUCCAUCUCAGGGUUCAAGGACUCCAUGAGCGAACAGAGCGCCACCGAGAGCGCCGCCGAGGCAGUGACCGGUCAGGAGCAGGAGGGAGGCGUGUCGCCCGACACCGUCAGUGCUACGUCCCAGAGCACGGACGAUCCCACCAAAGAUAUAGUGUCAGUGCUGGUGCUGAAGGUGCAGUCGGUGUGUGUGGGCAUGGAGGCGGUGGGCGAGAGCACGGCCGUGGCUCUGGAGGUGGGCCAGGUCACACCCAGCCAGCUGGGCAACGUCAGCCUCAGACAGUACCUCAGCAACCGCAGCCUGGGUAUGGUGUGUUCAGUACCAAUACCUGCUCAAAGCAGCCAAGCCGGCGGUGACAUCAGCUCGGCGUCGGUCAGGGGCGCCCACAGUCCCGAGGUGUGCGCCCGCCUGGAGAGCGGGCCGUGCGCCGCCGCACACUCCCCGCUGGCCGAGCGCAACGGUUUCCUGCAGCUGCGUCUCCACGGAUACCAGGCGAGCUUCUUGAUGUCCACGAUGCGUAACCUGGCCCACUUCCUGGAGGACGACUCGGCGCCGCAGGUGCUGCCCAUGGAGAUCAGCGUCAGGGACACGCACAUCCACAUGAAGGAUGACGGUCCCCGGGACAAUCCCGCCGACCCUGAGUCGUCACCGAUCACCCUUCACGUGGACAGCCUCAUUAUACACAGGAGAGACGACGGCUCUUUCUCUAUAGGAGUGGACACGGCGGCGGAGACCAAACCCGGGAAAGAAGGCGCGUUGACUGACGGCGCUCUGACUCCGGUCCCUGAGGUCGUGGGCGGCGUCUGCAGCGCAGCAAAGGCUACACAGACACAAGCCCUGCCCACCGGCCCCCAUCCAUCCGCCAGAGAAAAGAUGCUGACGGAGGAAAACGAAUGUUUGAAAGUGGAGCUGUCCCGAGCCAAGAUGGCGCUCGCCGAGGCUCAGAUGGAGAAGGACUCGCUGCUGCACCGCAUGAAGACCCUCAAAGUCAACACCAGCUAGACCCGGCUCUCUCUCUCCCUCUCUCUCUCUCUCUCUCUCACACCCAGCCAGUCAAAUUAUUCAGCCCGCACCGGGCUGGAGGUCGGCGGUCAGCAACUUAAUUAACGGAGAAAAAAAAGUGGGGUUUUCUUGACUAAAACAGCUCCCGCGCCACCAUGUGACUUCAAAAUAAUUCCUUCAUAAAGCAAUGCAGAGUCCGAGUGAAGGCUCAAGAAUUUUUACACGCUUCUCGUCCGUUUUGUGUUCUCCACGUCGGAGCGUGGACGCUCGAUACAUUUGGGGAAAGCUUAAAAGAAAAGAAAAAAAGGGAGAAAUGACCUUUAUGUUCGAGCGCGAGUGAGUGUGUGAAAGAAAGAGGAUGUAGAUCUAUAUCCAUGGUUGUGCCUACACAAAACCCUUCCCACAUUAUUCCUGUUGUGUUAAGUUAAAACAAAUCACGGCUAAUCUUAGACGAGAUUAUUCAAUCCUGUAGGUAUGAAGGAACACUGAAUGUCUUCGGAGGAAUGUCUCAAAAAAAAAAACUUAUUUUGCACUGCUGAACUUGUAAUUUAGUGUUUUCAUAUUCGGAGGGGAGACGAGACAAAUCAUUCUCUCUGAGUGUGUACAGUGUAUAUUGCAUAAGAAUGUGAACUCAUCGACUAUUUCCUUCAAAUCUUCGAAUGGUCAUGCAGUGUUUUCAGUUGAAUGUGUGUGUGUGUGUGUGUUCGUUUGUCUCAGCCUGAACAAGCAUUUCAUUACAAGUAGAGGAUACGUUUCUAUCUUGUCAGUUCCACGGCUUUGUCAGCCAAAUGCCCCACGAAUAAUGUCUGUCUCCACCCCCCAACACCCGCCUCCACCAACCCCUCCUCUCCUAUUUUUCUACGUGUAAAUAGCUACUUAACAUGUGCAGCACUUUUAAAAACGGAGGCACUGUAAAUACAGUAAGAACUGUGAGAGAACACGCCGACGAGGAGAGAGUGAUUUACUGAAGUAUGCAGAGUAGGAAAAUAAAAAGGCACAUUGAAGCUGCCUGACUGUGUGUCUGUGUGUGUUCGUGUGUGUGUGUGUGUGUGUGUGUGUGUGUGUGUAAAUUUCUAAUCUGCCAUGUGUAAUUUUGUUCAUGAACAUAUCUGCUGCUGUUCCAUGCUUCAUGCCUGUGUGACGACUUCAGGAGAAACUCCUGAGUAGAUGAUUUAAACAAAUAAAAAAAAACUGACUGACUUGUGUAACAGCACACGCUUUGACACAGCACAAAAGACUUUAAAAGGACAGUCUGAGACUUUUACUCUCACCUGACGACAACAAGAACAACAACAGUGGAUUCAAGUCCAUCCAUCAGUCUACGUAUGCAACUGUCUUCACUUGUACUUCAGCUCGGCCCACAUUUCUAUUUCUAUCUCUAAAAAAGACGUGAAACACAGCUCCGCACAAAACAGGACUUGAAAAUGUCAGAGGUAGGACUUUAACAUGAUUGUAUAAGAAGACUUUUUCAUCUUUGUUUUUCCUCCAUCCGUCACCGCUCCUCCUCCUCUUCUCCCCCCUCCUCCUCCUCCUCCUCUCUGGGAAGCCGAGUGGAGAAAGAAAAAGACACAAAGUAAUAAGUUGUAUUUUGUCUGUCAAGGCUGCUGAAAUACUGAUAAAAAAUAAAAAGGGUAUCCAAAUUUAAAAAG